GCAGUAAACAAUUAGUAGCAGGUAAACGACUCUCACACUCUAAGUUCAUACCAAUUGUCAGCAGAAGACCGUAAAAAUGGCGGAUCUCCACGUUGCUUUGCUAUCAAAAUUCUCCCCAUCUUCUCUCUCACUCGUCAACAUCUCACUAUCAAUUAAUUUCUUCACUAAAAAAAUAUAUAAAACAUAUCCUCAUAAAUCUCACUCUCUUUGUGCUUCCUUCCAUGUUUCAGUCCCCCUUUUUCCCAAUCCCAACCCCACAAUAACAAGCUAUGCUUUCUCUCUCUUCCUCCCUUUUCUCCUUCAUAUUUCUCUCUCUUACCAUUUCUGCAUAUGGGCUUGGAUCCAUGGGUCCCAUCUCUGCUUCUUUUGGCGGUCAUUAUGAUCCAUUCUUUUGUGCUAUCGAUGCUAGUGGUAAACAAGACAUUAUUUGUUGGGGUACGUCACCGGAAAAUUUUACUUCUAUACCUUCCAUGGCGGCUCUCUCCGGUGGUCAAGGUUUUAUGUGUGGCAUUUUAGCAAACACUUCACAACCUUACUGUUGGGAUUCUAAUGGUACUGGUUCUGAUCUUGUACCGUCUUUUUAUAGAUACAAUACUUAUUCUCAUAUAGCUGCUGGUACUAAUCAUGUUUGUGCUAUUAGAGGGUAUUAUUAUUCGGAUAAUGAUGUGGGUUCUGUUGAUUGUUGGGAUAUUUUUCAUGAAUCUGGGUCUGGGUCAAGUAGUUCUAAAAGUUUAACUGCUAAACAGAGUGUUCUGUUUUAUGAUCAGUAUAUUGCUGAUUUGCUCUUUGAAAAGAUUGUUUCAGGGGAUGGGUUCAGUUGUGGAGUUAUUGUAGAAGAUAAUAAGCUUAUUUGUUGGGGACCCAAUUCAUCUAAUCUGGGAAUUUCUAAAAUUUCUGGGAAUUUUCUAUCAUUAGCAUCUAGUAAGAAUAGUGUUUGUGGAAUUGUAAAAGGGUCUGGGGAAAUCAAAUGUUGGGGUAAAAACGAUUCAUAUGUUAAUGAUCCACCAUCUGAAGCUAGAUUCAUUGCUUUGAGUGGCGGUUUCCGCCAUUUUUGUGGGAUUAGAGCUGAUACUCAUGGGGUUCAAUGUUGGGGAGACUUUAAUUCUUCAUUAAUUCCAAAGAAUUCUGGUUUUUUCGCCAUUGCUACAUCGGAUAUAGCUGCUUGUGGUAUAAGAGAAGAUGAUUUGGUUCUUGAUUGUUGGUUUGUUAAUGAAACUGUUGAGCCUCCUGAUUAUAAUCCUCCAUUGCAGCUAUGUAGUCCUGGGGUUUGUACUCCUAGGGCUUGCAAUGAAGGAGAAUUUACCUUCAAUGCAAGCUUGCUGAACGAACCUGAGUUGGCUAAUAUAUGCAUAAGGAAAGAUUUGCAUAUUUGUUCAUCUUGUGGGACAAAUUGCUCAUCUGGGUAUUUUCCAUCGAGUCAGUGCACGGAGAAUGCUGAUCGGAUUUGUACCCCUUGUUCGCUUUGCCAGAAUAGCUCGUGUUGGGACGUUUGUGGGCUUGCACAGGUCGAAAUGAAGCGUAGACAUCAGCAUCAAAUGCAAAAGAUCGUCCUGAUUUUGGGACCGUCCAUAUCUGGUUUUCUGUUGAUAUUGAUUGGUUGGUGUCUGUUUCCGUAUCUGUACUUCUUCAAAUCGAAAGAUGGGCCCACAAAGCAGUUUCGAUCGUGUAUAGGGAAGAAAGAUCCUGAAUCUGAUGCAAACGCAGAUGCGAAUCCUCCUGUGCCUGCUGCACAAUGUCCCGGGGAAGCACAGAUAUUCCGACUGUCAGAGCUAAAGGAUGCCACUAAUGGGUUCAAGGAGUUUAAUGAGCUAGGAAGAGGAAGCUAUGGGUUUGUGUAUAAGGCCUUAUUGACCGAUGGGCGACAAGUAGCGGUUAAGAGAGCGAAUGCAGCUACUAUAAUCCACACUAACAUUAGGGAUUUCGAGAACGAAUUGGAGAUACUUUGUAAGAUGAGACAUUGUAAUAUCGUAAACUUGUUAGGUUAUUGUACGGAGAUGGGGGAGAGGCUUCUUGUGUACGAAUAUAUGUCACACGGUACUUUACACGAUCAUCUCCAUGGAGGUCUUUCGCCUCUUGGUUGGACUCUCCGGUUGAGGAUUGCAUUACAAGCCGCAAAGGGACUAGAGUACCUUCACAUGGAGGCUAGUCCCCCGGUUGUUCAUCGAGAUGUUAAGUCGUCUAACAUUCUUUUGGAUUCCGAUUGGGGAGCCAGGAUUUCAGAUUUCGGGUGUUGUAAUCUCAAUGAGAAGGAGCUUGGUGAAGAUAUGAAGAAUGAUGUGUACAAUUUUGGGAUUGUUUUGUUAGAGAUUCUUAGUGGAAGGAAAGCAUACGAUGUUGAUUACUCACCUCCUAAUAUCGUCGAAUGGGCUGUCCCCCUCGUAAGGAAGGGGAAGGCGGCUGCUAUUAUCGACAGAUAUGUGGCACUUCCUCGAAAUGUCGAACCAUUGCUUAGAUUAGCUGAUAUAGCUGAGUCUGCUGUACGAGAUAAUUCGUGUGAUCGGCCUUCUAUGUCUACCAUUGCUGAUUUACUCGAGCAGAUCGUAAAAGAAGGACUAAUUCUAUAGUACCUAAACAAUUCUAUGGUGUAUCGAAGGAAAGAUAGUUUUGGUGAAGUAUAGUGUGAUUAUCAAUUGUACAUGUAUUCAGAGUCUAUUGUUCUUGUACAUUCACUUGCCAUUGUAUUGUAUUGUAUUCUUUCCUUGUUUUUAUUUUUUUACCAUUUUCUACUUCACAAAGUGAAGUAUGUAUUCAAAUUGUUGUACCAUUUCAGAUUUGUUGUUCUUUCAUACAAAUUCUUACAAUAACACCCUGUUGUC